GUAUGGCAACGAUAUUGAUUCGUAUAUGAAUUCUACACAAUUGCUGAUAUUGUUCAUAUAUUGUUAUCAGAAAUGUGGCAAGACAGUGAAGUUCGGUUUGACAUUAUCUACUCUCAAAUGCAACUACGAUUGGGGGAAUUUGCGAUUGAUAAACUUGAUUUAAUAGAAGAUACAAAAGGAAAUGCAGGUGAUAAUGGAAGACUCAUAGUAACAAAUCUCAGAAUAAUAUGGCAUUCUUUGCUUCUUCCUCGAAUAAAUCUAAGUAUUGGCUAUAACACCUUCAUUACAGCAAAUUCUAAAACUAUAUAUACCUUGCAAGGAAGGCAUACGCAAGCACUACAUAUUUUAGCUUCAUUUCAAAAUUGCAGAUAUGAAUUUAUAUUUACAAAUCAAGAUCCAAAAAGUACAAGACAUUAUACAUCUGUUAUUGGUGUAUACAGGGCUUAUAUUUCAUCUAAAGUUUAUCGAGAAAUUAAAUUAAGAAGUGGAAUAAUUAACGAGCAACUAUUAACUCUACUUCCACAAGAAACUGUAUGCUCAACUUUACAGGAUAUUUGGAAUUUAUCAUUGGAACAGGGAAAUAUGGGAACAUUUAUUGUAACAAAUAUACGUUUAGUAUGGUUUGCUGAUAUGAAUUAUCAGUUUAAUAUAUCAAUUCCGUACCUAAUAAUAGCAAAUAUUAGUAUUAAAAGUUCCAAAUUUGGUCCAACUUUAGUAAUCGUGAGCACAGAAUCUAGUGGAGGUUAUAUAUUAGGUUUUCGAGUUAGACCUUUAGAGAGGCUUCAUGUUGUCUACAAAGAAAUUUUAAUGCUCUUUCAAACAUUUGAAAAAUUUCCGAUUUUUGGUGUAGAUUAUACAUUGGAACACCAGGCACCAUUACAGCAGGAGCUAAAUAUAGAACAAUACUCUGAAAUACAAGACAAUCAAGUUGAAAUGUUGAACGUAUUUGGUUACUAUUUUUCUGAAGGAUUAAAUCAGAAGAAACCGAGUUUUUCAAACUACUUAGGUCUUGCUGCAGAAAAUUCUGAAGAAACCAAUAAAUUGCAGAGUAUAUGGGAACUCGUGCCUCAAAAUUAAUUUAUAAAACAUUUAUAAACUUUAAAUGUCAUAAACAUAUUAUCUUAUGUAUAAAAUUGUAAGAACUAUUAAUGUAUUAUUAUUAUUAUUAUUAUUAUUAUUAUUAUUAAUGUCUACUAAUGUUUUAAAUUAAAGUAAUAUCGUACAACAUGUUCAACUGGAAACAAUUGUAAAGAAGUAUUUUAAUAAUAAAGAGAAACUAAUUACAACAAUAAAAUAUAUCCAUAAAUAUUUUUUAAGAUUCACAAUCUUUGAUUUAUUUUCUAUUUAUUAGAUAAUUGUUUGAGUGGGAUACAGAUAAAAUAGACUGAUAGUAAUUAUUUGUUUUUAACUCUUUGCGAUCGAAUCUCAGAAUGUUCCCAGGAUAUAAUUUUUUUUUAAAUAUAUUUCAAAGAAAAGAGUUG